UAUAGCAAAAAUAUUCAAAACACCGGCGGCGGGUCUCGAUAUUUUUGUUUGUAUCUUAUAGAUAUUUUAGUUUCAAUAAACACUCAGAAGAGCGAUCGAAAUCAAAUAACAAAUUAAUCACUUUGGAUAAGUUUGUUUACAUUGCCAAUCAAUUAGAUAGCACAUAGUGAUAAUGAACAUCAGAGAACUAAGUCCCGAGUUAGCCAAAAAAGCACAAGUCAUUGGCGAGAACUCUGAUACUUUGGAAAAUGACAUCAACGAACUGCGUAGUUGGAUAGAAGAGCAACCUCAUUUGAUUUCACGAAAAGAUGAUCAAUUUUUGUUAACAUUUUUACGUCGUUGUAACUUCAACUUGGAUGAGAGUAAAAAAAGAAUUGAAGCUUUUCUAACGUGCAAAACUAAUUACCCAGAUCUUUACAAAGAUCGUGCAGUUGAUGAAACUGCUUUGGAUAUUCUGAAAUGCGGACUUGUCACUAUUCCCCCAAACAGUUUACCAGAUAAUGGCCCCAGAUUGCUUAUCACACAAGUCAGCAAAUUCGAUCCAAAAAAACACAGCUUAAGAGAUGUCAUGAAAGUUCGAUUUAUGCUCUUUGAAAUACUAACUUUCGAAGAUGAUAUAACUAGUAUAAGUGGUUUAGAAUUAGUUUUUGAUUUACAAGACUGUAGCCUUAAACAAGCUUUGGGUUUGAAUCCAGCUCUUUUGAGAAAAACUUACAUUUAUCAAGAUGAAUGUAUACCACUUAAUAUCAAGCAUUUUCACAUAAUAAAUAUGAAAAAAGAACUGCAAGGAGUUGUAAAUUUAGCCAGAAGUAUGAUUUCAACGGGUACCGGAUUUGACAUUGUGAUACACGAGAAAGAGAGUGAUUUGUAUAAAUAUAUACCUCAAGAAUCGAUGCCUGUUGAAUAUGGAGGUCAAAAUGGUACGCAUGAAAAGUUUUUGGAAGAAUGGGAAAAAAUUCUUUUGGAUCAUGUUGAAUAUUUUGAAGAGGAUUCAUUUCUUGGGACUAACUUGGAAAAUUCCUCAUGUUGUAUUUCUUGAAAUUGGGUGGACUAACGAAAAAUUCGAAGAGUAUAUCAAGCCGUUUUAGUCUAGAAAAUAGUUUUAUUUUAUUUAUGUUAAGGUCAAAUAAGUUUGAAUAAAUCAGGGACAAACACUUGUACAAACUUAUAUCAUCAUGAUGAUUUGGAUCAUUAUAAUGUUUUCAAUUAAUAAAUGCAAAUUAUUAAAAUUUUAAUA